AUGUCAAAAUGCCAGGAGAUUGGUAAAGACAAAAUCAUUUUGCUUACACGAGAAGAGCUAAGUGAACCAUCCAAAGUUGAACUGCCAGAAGAUGAUCCUCAACCAGGUCUGAUACUUGAGGAUGGAGCAAUCAAUUGGAAUUGCCCUUGUCUGGGGGGUAUGGCUACAGGACCAUGUGGAGUCCCGUUCCGUGAAGCCUUCUCAUGCUUCCACUACUCUACUGCAGAUCCUAAAGGAUCUGAUUGUGUUGAAGCAUUUACUAAUAUGCAAGCUUGUAUGCAAAAAUUUCCUGCAUUAUAUGGCUCCAAUGAUGAUGACGAUGAAUCAAAAGAUAUAUUAAAUUCUGACCCUAAAAAAAAUGAAUCGCCACCAGAAAAUAAGAGCUAA